AUGAGCCAAACAUCUGAGGGAUCUGGACGCUCAAAUGAAGCCAAUAAUGGUGAUCUGCCUUCUAAGUUUGUGGUUCCAGGAAGGAGCAUUUUGAAGCAGAAAUUGGGUGAAGAAGGUGGAGAAGAGAAUUUAACAAUCUCGGAUAUUCCAGUGUUCGGGAGCACUCAGGAGAUCCCGAGCUCAUUGACUCAAAACAAUACCACAUCUAGAAUAAACACAUCCAAACUGCAGUCUAAACUGAAAGUGGAGCGAAGAGUCUCUUUUGCACCAGAUGUAACACUUCACAGGGUCGAUUUUGUACCUCAGCAAUCACAAAGUUUAAGAGAACCCCGGCGGAAAAAUGCGUUCAAAGGGUCUUCCAAUAUGGCUGCUGAAGAACUGGCGGACUCUUUAAAAGCUGGAGAGCCGUGGAAGAGUGGUGGUGAUAUCUCAAAUGCUGUUUCUGACGGACGUGCAGAAUCCGCUCUUUACACUCCAGUUUUCGAUAAAGAAGUUUCCAUGGAGAUUACUCAGUUGUUCUCGAAGCAUAGUGAGAAACCAGAAAAAUCAGAAGAGACCUUUGAUGAAGCAGAAGAUAUGGAAGUUACGGAGUUUAGAGGAUCAGGAUCUACGCGACCGGAACGAGACGCCGAGGAAGACGACUCUGGGGAAGACCUGGAUCUCACCAAACCGCAAACUUCUAGAGCUAUCAGCAUAGAAGGGGAUGUAAAUAUGGAUAUCACCGGGCCCCAAAGAGGAAUUCAACACCCUGAGACGGUCUCUUAUUCGUCAAGGCCUGUCGAUGACGACCAAUCUGAUAUGGAGACAACCGAACCGUUUAGAACUCCUAUAACUGCACCUGUCACAAUUGCUGAUGGAGAAGAGGCUAUUGCAAACCAAUUACCAAUUUCAGAUGAGCUGGGCUCAAAAUUGAUCGUCACCUCCACCCAAGAAAUUGAUGAUUCUAACCUUUCGCAAGAAAUGCACCAAGAUCAAAAUGUUUCUUCUAAAAGAAGAAAAUUAAAUACAAAAAAUGAUGAGGCUAGCUUUUCUGCGAUGGCAGGGACGGCUAUGGAUGAUGACAUGGAAUUGACAAUGAUGGAAAGAUUAUCGCCCAUUCAAAUACCCGCCAUUGCUGGAAGCCGCGCGCAUGCUGAUGACCCGGUUAAACUCAACAAUUCAGAAGUGGAGUCUUUGUCAUUGGGUGCGUUCUUGGACACUGUGGGAAUCAAAGCUCACCGUGACAUUGAAAAAUCCACGACCGUUAACAAACUGGGCUUCGGUAAAGUAUCUGAAAAUGGACAUGGAGUGGCGGUCGACGUGUAUAGGGCGCUAUACGCAAAUAUGCCAAUUUUGGAGAUCUACGCUUUUUGCUGUAAAGAGCUACUUCGAAGAGUACAGAGGUCGAAAUUACUUUUUGAAGAGCUGGAACAGCAGAUUGGUACGAGCGCAUCAAGCAGUCUGUUCAAAAAAUACCUCGACUCUCAAGGAGCGACUCGAGAUAAAAUGAAUGGCCGCAUAACUCUACUUCGAGAAUAUUCCAGACUUCAAGCCGUCAAAGUCUGGUUUGGAUGGCGGCUGGGACAUUUGAAAGGUAUCAAGAAUGUUUUACAGGAGAAUCUUUUCACUUUGAGAGAAGAACUAGACGUUUUGUCAACUCGAAUCACUCACGUUUCUGACAUAAAAAAUAGGAUUUUCGAGAUAAAACAGAACAUAGUCAGAGAAAUCCGCGUCUGCAAAGAAAGUUCAAAGUUCAAAAAAAACAACUGUGGCAGCCCCACUGUUCCAGAUCGCAUUAAAAUCGAGUCGUUAAAAGCGGAAUUGAAGGAUGGGUUAAAAGACCUUGAGAAAAUCUCUGAAAUGUCUAAGAGAGCAGAAGCUCUGAGGAUUCAGGUAAAAACAACUAAGCAGAAGGUCAUCGAAGCCCAGAAAGAAAUAGCGUUGCUCAACUCAAGAAUCAAGACGAGUUCUAAAUUCACCAAAUAUGAAGUGCCCAAGCUUCGAGUCAUAUUCGAAAUGAUGCAGAGAUUGUCAGGGGUGCUUUUGAGACAAUAUGAGGGAUCUGUCUUGAAGAUUGAGCUGCAAGGCUCGCCCUUCGUACUUAACUUUGAUGUUACUAAAAGUGACAAAAUAGACGAGAUCGCUAUUUCAAUUGCAGAUUCUGCAACUGAUCUUUGUAAAGCGCUAUGCUUGACGACCAUUCAAUCUGCGCAACGGUCAGCAGGAAAUGGUGCUCAACUAAUCUUUGCACUUUUGGCGAAGUCCGAAAACGUGCGCCGUAUGCUUAUUGAGUUCGAAUCACUCAACCUAGUAUUUCCGUGUAAAGCUGUCACCGCGUCGACCGGACAAGUUGACAUCGAAAUUAGGUUUUACGAUCCAAUCUUGAAUGAUUGUGCCACCUUUCUGCUAUCACUAGAUCAAUUCGUCUUAGCAUUGGACAGCGACAGGUCUAAAAGGUUUCUUAAACUUCGAUUGAAAAGCGCAAGUCAAAAUGGCUCGGAUUGGAAAGGUCUAAUAUUCCAUUUCAAGUCCAAAGCAUCUUCUUUUUUGCCCUGGCAAAAAGCUUUUGAAGCAAUCCAUGCUGUAUAA